CAUAUAUAUAGUACCCCUUCUCUCCUUCUUUCAAUCAUAUCGUCACUCUCUCCCUUAUUUUCAAGAGUUUUAACAGGAAAAUACUUCACAGCGAGAACGAUGGAGCAGACCUUCAUCAUGAUCAAGCCCGAUGGUGUCCAGAGGGGCUUGGUUGGUGAGAUCAUUAGCAGGUUUGAGAAGAAGGGCUUCUAUUUGAAAGGUUUGAAGCUCAUAUCUGUGGACCGUUCUUUUGCUGAGAGGCACUAUGCUGACCUGUCUGCAAAGCCCUUUUUCAAUGGGUUGGUUGACUACAUUAUAUCUGGUCCUGUUGUUGCUACGAUUUGGGAGGGUAAGAAUGUUGUGACAACUGGCCGAAAGAUUAUUGGAGCCACAAACCCCUCGGACUCUGCCCCUGGAACCAUUCGUGGUGAUUUUGCAGUUGAAAUUGGCAGGAAUGUCAUUCACGGAAGCGAUUCAGUUGAGAGUGCAAGGAAGGAAAUUGCACUGUGGUUCCCCGAAGCUCCCGUUAACUGGGAGAGCAGCCUCCACUCGUGGAUCUAUGAGUAAAUGCUUGAUUGAGCUGUUUGAAGCCCAUCAUCCUCGCUCUUCUGUUGUUAUCACUACUAUUUGAUAAGCUAGUUAUGAAGUUUUGGCUUAGCUUGUUUCCUUGGAUUUGCUUAUCAUUUAAUGUUAUGAUGCCUAUUAAGGUUAAGCUGUUUUAGUUAUUUAAACGUUGGUUUUCACGAGUCCGACUCUAAACCAAGAAUAAUUUUUUACUUGAUCUAGUGGAUAUCUAGGGUUUUGCUGUUCUUGGUAUUGCAAGAAAAGCCCUUUCUUAUGAAUAAACUUCAGUGUCAACUAUCAA